AUGUAUGGAAAGAAUAAAAUGAUCGGUGUUCCUUCGGAAGCUCAAUCGAAGGAGAAGCUUGCCAUGUAUGUUCAUGAAUAUUUAGUACAUAUCGGUGCACAAAAAACGGCCAAUUCUUUUCUUCAGGAGAUCCGAUGGGAUAAAUCAAUCAGUGUAGGAGAACCUCCUGGCUUUCUACAUUCUUGGUGGAGUGUCUUUUGGGAUUUGUACAGCGCUGCUCCCGAAAGACGGGAUACCCACGAGCAUACGACCGAAGCUAAAGCUUUUUAUGAUUAUGGUUUUGUAAAUUCUGGUUAUCCAAAUGGUCUCCCACACGAACAUUGCAUGCCUGGACGUCCAAUGCCUCCCAAUGCCCCAGCGUUUAUGCAUAGAGUUUCUCAACCAGGGCCCCAUCCUGGUCUACAAGGUCCAGUGACAAGUAUGCCCCCCGACAGCCUAGGCGGUGCUGCUAUACGUCAGCGUCCAACCCUUCCACCAAUGAUGCCAGGUGGUCAACCUCCUGGUCCCCCAAUGCACCCCUCUAUGCGGUUUCACCAACCACCAUACGGCCCUCCAGUGGGUGGCAUGAUGCCCGGUCAUCCUCACAUGCCCCCAAGAGCCCGGUGGAUGGGCCCUCAAGGUCCUCCUAUGCCCCAACAACAAGGUCCUCCUAAUCUCUCCCAGACUUCCUCAGGAGGUAGUGGCGGUGUAGCUCCGAGCCCUGGUCAUCCUGGCACUCCUCAUGUUGCUAGUCCGAAUAAUGGCGGUAACCCUAACCCCGAUUCCUCCCAACCUCCACCUCCUCAUUACGCUCCUCAACAGACUCCUCCUCAACAGACGCCAAACAUCACUGAUCAGCAGCAGCAGCAGCAGGCAUCUCAACAACAGCAGCCCAUGUUUACAAAUCGGAACGAUUUUGAUGGAGCUGUAAUGAUGAACGGUGGUGGAGCUAAUAAUAGCGGUGGUGGUGGGAGAAAUAACGGCCCAAUGAUGCCACCGCCACAUCCUGAGUAUGGUCUAGCCCCUCCUGGGCCUCAAAACUCCUAUCCGGGUGGAGGUGGGGAUGUUAAGAUGUCCCCCAUGCAUAGUGGAGUAGAUAUGAUGGGAAAUGGUGGUCAGACAAUGCUAAUGGAUUAUGGGGGAAAUGGAGGAAAUAAUGGGGGUGGAACCGGGGGAGGCUUCGGCCAACCCCAAAUUCCGCCCGAAAUGAUGGGCCAGCAGCCUGGAAACAGCGGUCAACAGCAGAUUCCAUCCUCUUCGGCGUCGGGGGGUCAAAUGAUGCAGCAGCAGCAACAACAGCCGCCACAACAGCACAAUGUCAUGGGGAAUUGUCAAGGGCCCCCUCCUCCACCGCAGUAUAUGUCCUCAGCUGGAGGUCUUUGUGGAACUGGUGGUGGACAGGUUCAAUUCCCCGUAUGUUCUGUUUUCUUCUUUUGA